AUGAGGAUACGCAUGCCCUUCGCCGGCAUCUUCGCCGCCCUCCUCCUUCUCUCCGCCUACGCCGGCCUUUCUUCGCUGCACAUGCCCCAAGGCACCCUCCUCAACGACAAAACCCUGCACUUUUUCGUCUUCUUCCUCUUGACCGUCACCUUUUACUGGAUCCUUGACACCACGCGCCGACGCAUUUUACAUUUAACCCUUUCGGUGGUUACUCUGGGCAUGGGCGUGGGUUCCGAGUUCGUGCAGGCCGCGAUCCCGAAUAAUGGCAGGGAGUUUGACCCCUAUGACAUCUUGGCGAAUCUGGUGGGCAGUUUGCUGGGGCUGGGAUUGUGUGGGUGGUAUCAUAAACGGAUGUUGGAAAGGAGGAGGGUGAGAAAGUACACGGCUGUUCCUACGGGGGAGGAUAUCCCUGAGGGGGAUGUUGAUUUGGAACUUGGGGAGGUGAGGAGGAGUGGGGAGCAUGAGGAGGGGGUUGUUGUUGCUGCUGCUGCUGCCUCUGUUCCUGCUGCUGCGGCUUCCCCGGCUGCGGGUACGGCUACGGCUACGGCCAAGAACAUGUCGCUUGAGGAGGAGUUGGAUAAUUGGGACGAGAACGCGGUUGAUGCGUGGGAUGAUGGUGAUGACGUGGGUGAUGUGGGUGGAAGUGGUGCUGGCGGUAAGAGCGGGGACGCUACUAAGGAUGCUGGGGCUGCUAAGAAGCGGGUGGAUUGAGGUAAAUAAGUGGAAAAGGAGGGAGAUGGGCAAAAACAUAUCCAAUUGGAUGGUUGGAUGAGAAUCGUGUUGGUCUUCACGGAUCAUUGCUUACUAGGCGUUUUUCCACGGUCACGGUACCUUUGGGUCAGUCAUCCUGAUAAAAGGGAAAGAUGGGAAGCGAAUUUGGCAAAACAGGGAAUGCUGGAAUAUUGCUUACUUUGCCUUUAUACCAGUCAGUCUACAAAGCCUUUUACC